UGUAGCUUUCGGUGCCAAGAUCCACCGUUCACAGAUGGUCACUCCUUGCUGAUGCACACAAACACAAACGGAAGGACUCGGUAACCCACUCGCGUCCCUUUCAACCCUCAAUGAAUCACUUCCUUCCGCUCCCUCUCUCUUUCUCUCUCUCUCCACCAACCGCUUCACUCUCUUCCUUUCGCUUUACUCAAAUACCCUCUACUCAUCCAACACCGACUGACGACAACCUCCUCUAAGUCAACAUGGCUAGAGGCAAGCAAGACGUACGGGCUGCCCAGCUCAGUCUUGAGUUAUACGACGAGGAUGACAUGUUUGAUGAUCUUGGAAAUCACCGUCAUGAGUCGUUGCCGCUAUCUGGAAAGUUGGUGAAAGUUCCUGUGAAUAUUGCGCCUGAUUCACGAAGGCAAGACAGCAAGACUCUGAGGGAGAUCAAGGAGAACGAGGGCAUCGUUUCGGCUUGGGGCGAGCUUUACGAUCCAAGCCUCGACGAGAACCGCAAGGAUGGCCUCGGAACCGGUCACAUGCAUCGUUUCGGCACCAAUUUCAAGCCGAGUGGCGGUUUUGCGGCCAAUAAUGGGAAUGGACGCCCACGUCGAGCCCGCUCACUCUCCGCAACGAGGCGCGAUGGCGGUGUUACCGACACCGACACCGACACCGGCACCGGUAGACGUGGUCGUGGUCGUGGUCGUGGCAAUGGGAAUCCUGGACCACCACCUCUCGGUAUCCGAAUGGGGACUCGACCGACUGUGCGGCCAGCUCCUGCCAUGUUUAAUCUGAACCACAAGACUAGCAAUGAUCCCUCUAUGCGGCACGUUCGUCCCCAGGUUACUGUCCGUGCGAAGGAUGACAUGGUUGCGCUUAGUGCUCUCAGAGAUCCUGCCGCCAACGGUACUGAGGAUGCUCAAGUUAAACAUUGGUGGGCUGGUCGGUUGUGUGUGAACAAAGACAACAACGACUUUUUUCAGCAGGUCGUUAGUGUCAAACCGGAGGGUGGUCUUGUGGCUUCCGCGGAUACGCCUGUAACUAUGGUACAUCCUAACCCUGUGGCGCCUGCUCCUGGAUUUCUCAAACCAGCCGGCGGCUCCGAGGCUUCCAGGCAUGCGCCAGUUUUCAAACCAGCUGGCGGUCCCGAGGCUUCCAGGCAUGCACCAGCUCUCAAACCAGCUGGCGGUCCCGAGGCUUCCAGGCAUGCACCAGCUCUAAAACCAGCUGGCGGUCCCGAGGCUUCCAGGCAUGCACCAGCUCUCAAACCAGCUGGCGGUCCCGAGGCUUCCAGGCAUGCACCAGCCCUCAAACCAGCCGGUGGUUUUGAGGCUUCCAGGCAUGCACCAGUUUUCAAACCAGCCGGCGGUCCCGAGGCUUCCAGGCAUGCACCAGCCCUCAAACAAGCUGGUGGUCUUGAGGCUUCCAGGCACGUACCAGUUCUUAAACCAGCUGCUGGUCUCGAGGCUUCCAUACAUGCACCACUUCUCAAACCAUCCGCUGGUCUCGAGGCUUCCAGACAUGCCCCUGUAGCUCUCCCGGAUAUAAUAAAACCCGAACCUGUGGUUCUCGCUUCUGGAGUCUCGAAGCGAGCCAUUGAUAGUGGCCUUCCGAAGGGUAUACCUACUGGUCCGAAGGCCAUGCAGCCUGUUGUUCACGAGGUUCCGAAGAGCAUACCUACUGGUCCGAAGGCCAUUCAACCUGUCGUCCCCGAGGUUCCGAAAUUGACGCCUCCCUCUCCUUUCUCAGCUGUUACGCCCGCAGUCGAAGAAGGAGAUCCAGAGACGAUCGAAGAGCAUCGGGCGAGGAUCGAAUCGCUCGAGGAGGAGGUCGGCAGUGCUGCCCUGUUACUUAGAAUCUACCAGGAUGAGCUCGACAACGUCCGCAAGGAUGAGAAACGACUGACUUCCAAACUUCAGGACAUCCAGAAGUCCAAGUCCGAGAGGCAGAAACGCCUUAAAAAGCAGCAGGAGGUCAUAGACCAGAAGAAAUCACAACUCUUAUUCUUUAGAGAUUGCUUGGAACAGCUUGUUGCGGAGAUGGAACGCCAGUACAAAGAAAAGCUAGAGAGGGAGCGCAAGCAGAAGGCUGAGGCUGAAGCUGCCCUGGCGAAAGCUAGGCAAGAAAAGGAGCAACAAGAGAAGUUGCGCCUGACCAAGCUUAAAGCCGAGGCUGCUCUUGAAAAGGCCAAGCAAGAGAAGACCGCCCUGGAGAUCGCAAAGAAGAGAGAAUAUCAGGAACGUCUGGAACGUCUGGAAAAGGACCGCUUUGAGAGGGAGCGCCUCGAAAAGGAGCUCCUCGAAAAGGAACACCUCGAGACGCAACGACUUCACAGGGUCCUCUUUGAGAUGGAACGAGUUGACAAGAAUCGCCUCGAGAGCGAACAGCUUGACAAGAAUCGCCUCGAGAGCGGACGACCCGACAAGAAACGUCUCGAGAACGAACGACUCGACAAGAAACGCCUCGAGAGCGAACGACUUGAGAAGGAACGUCUCUCCCGGCAAGCCAAUGAAGGGGCCGUCAACAAAGCUUCUAACGUUUGCGCCCAGCACGAUGCCAAACGUGACAGUGCGAAGUUCGCUGAGCUCAACGUUCUUCCUGACGCGAGAGCUUUGGAGCUUAUGUGUUCCUCUCCAUUCAAGAUCAAGAUAUUCAUGCGUCCAAUCUUGAAUAAGGACCCUCUGACCGUCGAUGUGAACCCCAUCGACCAACCGAACCAGAAGAUACGUCGUGCAUUGAUGAUGGUUCUUUCUCAGGAUGAAUUUAAGUACUUCACUCAUCUCGAGGCGUUUAACAAGUACAUCGACACGCUCUCUCACACAUUCUACAAGCGCAUGGCUCUGGUUAUAGGUAAUAACCGUUAAGUUUGUUUGAUUGAAAAUUUGCUUUUUACAUGAUUGCAUGAUGAGGGAGUCUUUUAAUACUUGCUUACGUCUUUUU